AUGGAAUCUCCUAUGGCAUUUCCAGAGUCUCCCAUGGAUGGUGACGACAUUGCCUAUCCGUGCAAAGGUUGUGGACAGAUCCUCGAGGAAGGAAAGGCUUUUGAACUAGCCGGAAACAGAUGGCACAUCGACUGCUUCCGCUGCAAUACCUGCGGCACUCUCCUUGACUCAGACGCCAACCUCCUUCUACUCGGCGAUGGCUCCCUGAUUUGCAACAACUGUACAUACAGCUGCAGCAACUGUAACAACAAGAUCGAAGAUUUGGCAAUCUUGACCGGAGACCAGGCUUUCUGUGCCAAUUGCUUCAAAUGCCGGAACUGCAAACGGAAAAUUGAGAACUUGCGUUAUGCGCGCACCUCACAAGGCAUCUUUUGCAUGGACUGCCAUGAAGCUCUGAUGGCUCGGAGGAGAAAGAAAUCCAAAGCGUCGUCAAGAUCUAAAGCUGCUGGGAACAGCGGUGUUCAACUCGACAAAUCCUUACCUGCCAUACCACCCCCUGAAGCUAGGAAGGCCGCCUAUGGGCACGAACCUGAUCCAGUGUACGAAGAGGUAUACCACGAGUUGCCAACGCCUGAUAUCCCAUCUGUUGGGAAAACUAUGAGCGAAUUGCAAAAAGAUGUGGAUUCGAGACCAUCCUCUGCAGACCCCAAUCCCCCUCGUGGUCAGCAACUUGACUCUCGCUCAAUGGCUCGUCCACCGGCUGACACUUUGCCUACAGACAUGCUCACUCUCCCUUCCACCACAUAUCGGAAUAAUAGACACUCUAUGAUGUCGCAGCGGUCAGAUUUCUCGGGAGGUGGUGAAGAGUUCCUGAUCCCCCUGGCCUUUGAUCCUACACCUCAACCACAAUCACAAUCUCCUAGCAUCUCGAGUCAGGCUACUCCGCGAGGGGUGGAAGAAAAAACGAAAGACUACUUUACAACACGACCGACACCACCUCAGGCUCAAGCACCAGCUCCCAAACCCCUCACUUCGAGCCCUCACAUUGCCUAUCAAGAGAAAGGUCGUCAAACCUCACGUGAAGUCAUAGACUCCGUACGCAAGAGGGCAGACGGCAGCUCAGGUGGUGGCUCUGUAAAUGCAUCACCCUAUUUACAAUCCGAGCUUCCUCGCCGUUCUGAAGAUUCCUCGCGCCCUGCGCAGACUUCACGUGGUAAUAGUGAUCUCCCGUCAAGUGAGAAGUUCCAACUACAAGAGGCGCCCAAGAGCAAGAAAACUGAACGCGCAACCACAAGUUUGCGGCCUGACCUCGCCUCCCCGCGGGGUGAACCUGUCGAACAAUUCACAACAAGUACCAGGACGAUAUCUGUUACCGAUAAUGAUACGCCUUCGGACAAUGGGUUUUCAACACCAAAACUCUCGAAUCAUUCCAGUCCUGCUCAGAGCACCAAUAAUGAUUCCCCCAAACCCAACAACCUUGCAUCGCAAUUACAAAGCUUGCCCAAACGAGGGGACUCAUUAGAUAGUGCAAAGCGGAAUCAAACUAUUGCAAGGAAAGAAGUCAAUGCUUCAGCGAAUAUUCCAUCAACCCUCAGCUCCGCUGUCAACGGCACCUCUUCGCCUCCCAAAUCUUCUGCCACCACGCCUGCCAACUUGGCGAGGGCAAAUGGAGGAAAGGUCAUUUCCGGUCCCAUCGGGUCGCCAAAUUCGAAGAGUAUCUUUGACACAGCAGACGACCCUCUAGAAUCAUCAGACAGUCUAUCAGGCCAAAAGGGGCUCACCUCUUUCCAGGAUCCUCGAGCACCGCCUCUACCACCAUCGGACCAUUCCCGGUCUCAGUCUGUUAGUACCUUGCAGCAGAAACACCCAGACGGAGAAAAAUCACCCGGCCUCCCAAGGUAUUCAACGGGCGGAGACUUUACCAUGGACGAGGACAUGGCGCGUAUCAUGGGUGCGGACGAAGCUAUUGCACACGAGUCCUUCUUGAAGAGAGUCUCCAACUCUGUCCGGCAUGGGAGGAGUUACAGUGACAAAACUGGAAGGCUCUCAAGAGAUCGUUGGCCUCGUUCUCCCGCAGUGCCUCCCUCAUCAAUCGCACAAGAGAUUAGUAGUCCGAGCACGGCCUCUCCAGAAAACCGUGAUGAGUUAGCAUGGUUCAAGAAUGAACUUCGGCGAGAACGUCAAAAGACAAUUGAGCGAGAAAAGAGAAUAGCUGAGCUGCAAUCUCAACUAGAGUCGACAGCCAGUAUCAAGCAGGUUAACUCCGAGUUAAAAGAGAAACGAUCUACCAUGGUCGUGCUUGAUACGCAGAAAGAGAUUGUCGUCCGUGAACUUGAGAUCCUGACUGAGCAUCUUGCCGCCGCUAAACGCAGUGGUGAACCAUUUGAUGUCGGCAAAAUGAGCAAUACAGUUCUACGCGAUUUUGCAGAAGCUUUGGAGAAGCUCAAGAACUCUUUUGCCCCGCAAAUCGAGGAUUCGAUACAAAGGCGCAAUGAUCUUGUGGAUGAAAUUGCGAAUCUAACACAAAUGAAAGAUAAGAGCUUUAUGGAAUUUGAGCAGCUUUCAUCCAAGAAUGCGCAAUUGGCAGAGCUCAAUAAUCAACUUGUACAUCAGAUCCAAGGUUUGUACAAGGCCAAUUCAGGAAGUGUGCAACCCGAACCGACCAAAGCUCCGGUUAAUGGACUGGGAAUCUACUCUCAUCAUAAGGAUAAAUCAAACGUCUCGUUUGAAGCCAAAGACAUGCGAAGCUUUUCAGCAGACAACACCAAUAUUGACUCUUCGAGUACUUUGUUAGCUGGGGAGGCAGAGCCGGUGACGGUAAUACAAGGACCACACGUUGUCAAUAUCAAGAAGGGCCAGGUCAAGAAGUUCGACUGGAGAAAAGGACAGAAGGUUGCUAAGGGCGUGACCAAGGGAUUGAAAGGCGCAUUCUCUUCCACACAACAGAGUUACAGCCGUGAUCUACAGUUUGCUGAAACUGGUGCGUAUGGCAAUAGCCCGGUUGGUCAAGAGUAUUCGAGUCUGCCCAAGAACAAUCCGGAGCCGAUUACCAAUAAACAGAGUGGCUUUGGCUUCUUUGGUGGCAACCAGAAAACAACCACUAAAAUGAAUGGACUCUAUGGUACGCAGAGCAACAACAGCAACCCAUCGCUGGGCGUGGAUGCAUCUCAAGUAUUUGGAUCGGACCUCGAGCAACGCACCGAGUACGAGAAAGCGCCCAUUCCAACAAUCGUGAGGAGAUGUGUUGAGGAAGUUGAAACACGAGGAAUGGAUGUCGAGGGCAUCUACCGAAAAUCCGGAGGCAACUCACAGGUUCAGCAAGUCAAAGACUACUUCGAAAACCCGACAGGAGACUUCGACAUAUCCGAUCCUGAUCUGGAUAUUCAUGCGGUGACGUCGGGGUUGAAGCAGUACUUCCGCCGGCUGCCUAUGCCUCUGAUCACGUAUGAUGUGUACGAUCGACUCUUGGACACCACUACCAUCCAAGAUCGUGAUGCACGUGUGGAGUCGAUGGCGAUAGCCCUGGAAACACUUCCUCGGGCCCACUACGAGGUUCUCGACUACUUAAUUCAGCACCUGGCCCGAGUGGUUCUACAGGAGAAGGAAAAUCUCAUGACAAGUAUGAACAUUGCAGUGGUGUUUGCGCCAACCAUUAUGAGACCGGAGAGCUUGAACCGGGAAUUGAGCGAUACUAAAAUGAAGAACGAGGUGGUGAUGUGGAUGGUGGAGAACUGUGAAACGAUAUUUCAAGUCGGAAGAUGA